UGUAAGAGGGCGAACGGAGCUUUGACAGCACGCAGGCAGCCGACGCGUCAACUUCUUCGGAGCAGAUCCGGAUCAGUUGUGUGUCGGAGCGUCCCGGGACCGAAACACCUCCCACCUCUGGAGCCGUCCAUCUCAGUGACAGCGUGUGGAAAUGCGUCGGAUAGCAGCCUCUGAGCGUGGUGAGUGAGGGGUUGUUCCUGCCACGUUUGGUUUCAUCUUCACUAUGGCAGGGGAUCUAUUUAGUCCACCAUCCCCACUGGGGGAUUCCCUGCUGGACAGUCCGCUAUGUGGAGACCUGAUGGACGAUCUUCGUGACAUCUCCCAGUCCAUCGGAGACAACACGCUGGGAUUUGAUUUCCCAGAGUACCAGAGCACUGGCUCGGGGUCUGAGAGCUCCAUCGCACUGGACACAUUGACCCCAGCUUCCAGUCCGUCGUCGGGGGUGUGUGGAGCAGCGGUUUCUUCAGGAGGACCAUCAGACUAAAGCUGGAUUAUGAUAAGUGUGAACGCAACUGCAAAAUCCAAAAGAAGAACCGCAACAAGUGCCAGUACUGCCGAUUCCACAAGUGCCUGUCUGUGGGCAUGUCCCACAAUGCUAUCCGGUUUGGUCGGAUGCCUCAGGCGGAGAAGCUAAAGCUGAAGGCAGAAAGCAAGAUGGUGGAGAAAGAGGUGGCAAGCCCCAUGUUGGACGACCACAAGAUUCUGGUCAGGCAGAUCCACGAAGCCUACAUGAAGAACUUCAACAUGAACAAGGCGAAAGCUCGGCUCAUACUGACCGGAAAGACAAGCAAGCCGCAGCCUUUCAUCAUUCACGACAUGGAGACGUUCCAGCUGGCAGAGAGGACGCUAGCGGCCCAUAUGGUAAACGGUGACUAUCCGGAGCCCGAGAGCGGCCUUCAAGGUGGGGAGGUGGUUCCGGCUGGUGAGUGUAUGGAGCUCCAGCAGAGGGAGGCUGAAGCCAGGCUCUUCCACUGCUGCCAGAGUACCUCGGUGGAGACGGUCACAGAGCUGACAGAGUUCGCCAAAGCGGUGCCAGGUUUCCAGAGCCUGGAUCUGAAUGACCAGGUGACUCUCUUGAAGUACGGCGUUUACGAAGCCCUCUUCACCCUCCUGGCUUCCUGCAUGAACAAAGAUGGCCUCCUGGUGGCCCGUGGUGGAGGCUUCAUCACCCGAGAGUUUCUCAAGAGCCUCCGGCGGCCAUUUAGCGACAUGAUGGAGCCCAAAUUCCAGUUUGCCACACGCUUCAACUCCCUGGAGCUGGAUGACAGUGACCUGGCCCUUUUUGUGGCUGCCAUUAUCUGCUGUGGAGAUCGCCCAGGCCUGGUGGACGUGCCUCAAGUGGAGCAGCUGCAGGAAAGCAUCGUUCAGGCACUACGGCUCCACCUGCUGGCCAACCACCCGGACGACAACUUCCUCUUCCCCAGACUGCUGCAGAAACUGGCCGACCUCCGGGAGCUGGUCACCGAGCAUGCUCAGUUGGUGCAGGAAAUCAAGACAACAGAGGACACGUCUCUGCACCCGCUCCUGCAAGAGAUAUACAGGGAUAUGUACUGAGCACAUAGCACACGGUCAUGAACAAGGACAUGUAUUUGUAUGCCAUUCAAGCAUGCAUAUCAUGCAUAUCGGUGUACUGUGAGUAGAUUAUUGUGCAGCUUCUGCGGAUGCACGCUGCUGUAAUCUGCAGAGGUUGCAUUGAGACCAUGUGACUUUCUACUGGAACAAAAACAAAAUGUUGGGUAAAGGCAGCUCUUGUAGGUGGCGUGACUGCUUCCAUGAAAGGGGGACACGGUGGGGAAAAGACUUUUUGAUCUUACACCAUAGAUGUGUAGAGGUAUUUCUUUAAAUGCAUUUGACCUUGGAGCAUCCAAUCGCUACGGAUUGGGUCCUAGAGGCCGGCUUUUAAGACACAAGUACUGAACAAAAGCUAAAGAGGGAGUAGGGAAUGCAAAUUUGCCUAUCAAUAAAAAUGGCAGUAAGUUGAGUUGUGGUGCCAAGAAGCAGACAAGUUAGAGAAGUUAUAACAUUUUUAACCUUUGAGGCCACUCAAAUGUUAAUUGUGCAAAAGAUGCCAUAAUUCAACACAUAUUCUUAAUAUUUUGGAUAUUUAGUGUAAAUUAUCAUUUAUCAUUUGGACUUAAUAUGGUUGUCAUACCCUUAUAUUGUGUACUAGUGCCUUAUUGAUUUCCCUUGACCAUUUUGAGAUGAGUGGUUGAAGAAACACCGGCAUCAGUAUUCACCAAGUGCCAUAAUGUCUCAGCGCCUGAGCUCAUGUUUUCUCUAUUUUGACCACAGAUACCUUCAAUAGAGUAGCAUUUGUAACCAUUAAGUAGGUGUAUAACUAUUUAGUAUUGGACCAGGGAAUGUUCUUACAUAUUAAAUUGCGAAUAAUAGUGCAUUUUAAGUAGGCAGUGAAGUAAAGGGAGCCUUACUUCUACUAUAAGCAACCAUCAUUUGAAUAUGUAAUUCCAUGUUUUAUGUAUUUAUUUUAAUCCUGCAUUCUACUGUUAAACCUGACACAACAUGAUAGCUCAUCUAACCUAUUUCUUUCAGAUCAGUGUUACUGCCAUCAACACACAUUGUUUUCAAUAAAAAAAGUGCAUUGGCCAGUAUUGAAUAUUUUGACCACAAACACAAUUAUCUGUUAAGCUGGUUUACGUUCUAUUUUGUAAAUAUAAGAAUAUGGUGACCACAGUGAAAGGGAUGCGUGUAUGUGCACACAGUAAAAAAAAAUAGGCCUCGAAAAGACAUUUGCUGUGCUGAGACUUCACCUCCCGAUGUAGCACUGAAACGUUCUUUCCUAUGAUUAAAAUGGUUUAUAUUUUUUAUUGUUUUAAAAAAUGCAUUUGCUGUUUCAAUAAAAGGAAUCGUGUUAUGUGGUAGCCUGAAAUAAACUAAUAUAUUUGACUGAA